CCACACCAGCAAAUCCAUUUCUUCACUGUCUGAAACCCUAAAUCACCAUUGACGCACAUUUUCUUCCCAAGAUGAUGAAAAAGGUCAUAGCUUCCGUUCUCUUCUUCAUGGUGAUGGGUUCUGUUCUUGUGGAGGCUCGUCCGCUCGGCUUACCAGAGGCCGGGGAGAAGCUUGUGGCCGGUUUUUUCGACGGUCUGUCGCUCGGAUCCAUCAAGCAAUCUGGUCCGAGUCCGGGCGAAGGUCAUAAAUUCACGGACCGAAGGAAUACACUCGGAAGUAUUAAGCCCUCGGGUCCUAGCCCGAGUGGUCCUGGUCACUAAUGUAUCGGUGGUUCGCCCGCUUUGCAGCAUACGUUCCGGUUUAACGGCUACCGGUGUCUCACUCCAUUGUUUUUUUUUUCCUUCUAUUUAUUUAUUACAUUUCUUUAAUUAAUUAAUACAUUAUAUAUUCAGGCUCAUUAGUAUAGAUUAUUUUUUUAUACGUUCACCACAGAGCAGGAAAGAGUCACUGGCCGCGUUUUAUAUCAUAUAUGAUUUUUUUUGUUAAUUAUUUGAAUAUUUGUUAUUACACAA